GUCACGGUUCUGCCCGGGUGAAACCUGCACCGCGCAGCGCCCGGGGCCGCAGACUCUGCUCGCGCUCGCGGUGCUUUCGGACAGUCAGGCGCAGGCAUGGCCACCUCAGCAGCCGGCCCAGUGGCCAUCAUUGGGAGUGGACUCAUCGGGCAAAGCUGGGCUAUGUUGUUUGCCAGUGGCGGCUUCAAGGUGAAACUCUAUGACAUUGAGCAACAGAAGAUAACGAAUUCCCUGGAAAACAUCAGAAAAGAGAUAAAGUUGCUGGAGCAGUCGGGUUCUCUGAAAGGCGCUCUGAGCGCCCAUCAGCAGCUGUCACUCAUCUCCGGUUGCAGGGACAUCCAGGAGGCAGUAGAGGGCGCCAUGCACAUUCAGGAGUGCGUCCCGGAAGACCUGAAACUGAAGAAGGAGAUUUUUGCGCGGUUGGACGGGCUGGUCGGUGACGACGUGGUCCUCAGCAGCUCCACCUCGUGCCUCCUGCCCUCCCGGCUGUUCACGGGGCUGGCGCAUGUGCAGCAGUGCAUCGUGGCUCACCCCGUAAACCCGCCGUACUACGUCCCGUUGGUUGAGCUGGUGCCACACCCAGAGACGGCCCCUGCGACAGUGGACAGGACCCACGCCCUGAUGCAGAAGAUAGGACAGGCCCCGAUCAGGGUCCAAAAGGAGAUCGAAGGCUUCGCCCUGAAUCGCCUGCAGUACGCGAUCAUCAGCGAGGCCUGGAGGCUGGUGCAGGAGGGCGUAGUGUCUCCCGGCGACCUGGACCUCGUCAUGUCCCACGGCCUGGGCCUGCGGUAUGCCUUCCUGGGACCCCUGGAAACCAUGCACCUCAAUGCGGAAGGCAUGCGAAGCUACUGUGACAGGUACGGCGAAGGCAUGAAACACGUCCUCAGGACUUUCGGGCCCGUGCCCGAGUUUUCCGGGGCCACCGUUGAACGGGUUCACCAGGCCAUGUGCGCCAAGGUCCCAGCCGACCCCGAGCACUUAGCCGCCCGGAGGCAGUGGAGGGACGAGUGCCUCAGGAGACUCAUCAAGCUGAAGCACCAAGUGCCGCCCCAGUGAACCGGUGACGCCGCGCCUGCCCGGAGGUCCCACGGGUGGCAUCGCAGCGCUGGGACCGGGGCCUCGGGUGGGGGGAGGUGUGGCGGGCGGAGCUGGCCGGUCCCCUCCGGGCGCAGGGUCUGGUCCCGGGGGCUCCCGGCUCCUGCCGCCUGGACGUUCACCUUCGUUUUCGGAGUGAGCGGACACCACGUUUCACGGCCGGUGAGCGUGGUCUUGGGCCGUUUUAAUCUGCAGCAGAUCGAUUUGUUGCUUUUAAUCCCUUCUGGAUACGCGGGCGCCCUGCCCUUAUGAGGCCCCGACCUUCAUCUUGUGAACGCUCGUUCUGAAUAAAAGUUUUGAUUCUGUAGA